UAUCAAGCAGGCUGUGCAACAGUACGGAUGCAGGCACUCUCAACCGACUUCCCACCGGUGCCGCCUACUGCAGGCGUACCAUGGAGCUCGGGCUUGGGCGUAGGCGGCGCGCUCUUCACCACCUUCGCGCUGGGCUUUACCGAAGGCUGUUUGGAAAUUGAGCGACGGCCCAUCCCGCUGCGUUUCGCGCUGCGAUUCGCCGCUGCUAACAUGCUGCCCAGUGUCGUGUUUAGAUCCGUCCCGGCACGUCACGUCGCCGCAGCAUCAGGCGUCCCGUUCUCUGCUCUUAUAAGCGAUGCUGAUCUCGCGAGCUCGCGCUCUGUAGCUGUGGGGAGGCAAUUGGUGCUCGUCAAGUCGGUGCGGGCGCUGCGUCUUGCGGCUGGAAGCUAUGGACUUGCGUGGAGUCUGUGGCGUUGGCACGAAACUGCUGCUGUUAGUGACGAUAAUGACAAACAAAAGGUGGUUAAGUAUGGGGAAAGCGUGGUGCGUCUGGCACCUGUGGAUUCCCCGCUAUCUCAAGUUUCGAGACGGAAACACGGAGACCAUCUAAUGGCUGUGCCAGCGAUGACUAUAGAGAGUUGGAAGAAACACGGUGUGAAUAAAGCCUUGGAGGGUGUGAGCUGGGAGAAAGUGGGGAUUGAAGUGCAGGCAGAGGAGGAAGGAGAACAGGUAGGAAGAAUCAAGGUGAUUGAGGUGGAGCUCAGCGAUAUAGAGACGACAUUAGAGUACGCUGGGGAAUUGAAGAAAGCAUUGAAAGGGGACGGCACUUCGGUGUGCUCAGUGGCAGUUUUGCCGCCAUGUGGACCGGCGAUCCCACCGUCAGUAGCGGAUGCAUUCGAAGUGUGCUUCAAUCCGUUGUCGGCGGUGUUAAAGUUCAUUGCUGCAGUGUGUCAUGAGCGUGGGACUACGCACGUGAUCCUGAUCGGGGUUCAAGAGGAAGAGGAAGUAGCUGUUCAAGCUGACGGUGGAGAUGUGAACGCAAGAAGCCCGUGGAUGUAUCUAUCGACGUCCCAGUUAGCGACAGGGCUGCUGUACAGGCACGGUAUUACGUCAAGUGUGAUGACAAAACAGGACACAAUCCGUGUUGAUGAACACGAAGAGGACUCAACGACUUACCACUUAAACGACAGCAAUGCUGGAGUCGUCUUUAUCUCGGGAAGCCUCAGUGCUGGGCACUCGGCUGCAAGGAAGAUGAGUGAACAGGGUCUCAUUGCGCCACAGAACGUAUGCUACAUUGUUGAAGAGAGUCUGCAUGGUCAAAGCGUGCCAAGCGAAGCUGUGCAAGUUGAAUCCGAGCUGCUAAGAACGAGUGAAACAGAGCAGGAACAGGCAGACGCUGAUGAGCAAAAGUCCGUGGCAACAUACAUGUCCGUCACUGAUGUGACGGACCAGACACUGCAGGGCAUUCGCAACCUGGUGCGACAAGGCAAGAAGCCCGACGCCAUCCAGGCAACAGUUUAUCAAGCUUUCGGAACCCAACGCGUGGUGUCGCCGACGCGGCUCGACCAAUUUUCCGACUUGCACGUUUAGAAAUUAGAAAUUAAGAAUUUUGGAACGAGUUUUGGUCAGCCCAACCUGAAUUUAGUCAUUUUCGUCUAGGUCA